CUGGCUGGCCAGCUGUUUACUCUUUACGCGGGAAGCAGCGACGCCUAAACUCCACGGGAAAUAAGAAGUGCCCACCAAGUAAAAGCAGAUAAGCCGGAGCAAAAUGGUCGAGCGCAUCGAGGAUCUUAACCUGCCGAAUGCCGUGAUUGCGCGGCUCAUCAAGGAAUCCCUGCCGGAGUCUGCCAGCGUCAGCAAGGAAGCGCGAGCAGCGAUCACCCGAGCGGCAUCUGUGUUUGCCAUCUUUGUGACAUCCUCGUCGACGGCGUUGGCCCACAAGCAGAACCACAAGACCAUCACGGCCAAAGAUAUUCUACAGACCCUCACCGAGCUAGACUUCGAGAGCUUUGUGCCCUCCCUGACGCAGGAUCUCGAGGUCUAUCGCAAAAUGGUGAAGGACAAAAAGGAGAGCAAGGCCAGCAAGAAGGACUCCAGCACCGCCGAAAAUGCCAACGCCACUGCCGCAGCAGCCGCAGAGGAAGCUGCAGAGUGAAGACGAAUAUAUGAGAAUAUAUUCGGAUCAAUUAUCCUCUUUAGUCCUUAAGAACAAAGCUAGUAUUAAGCAUAAACAAAGAACAUUAGACCUAAGAAGUAUCUAAGCACGUCACUUGUGUUAUGUCGCUUUCCCUAAAGGCUAAAGUACGUUAGUAAACGAUUGUUUCCAUUAAUUUGGGUUUGUAAUGUGACAGCAAUGAUCAAAAAGUGGAAGAAAAUAAAUUAUGAAUACUCUACACUUUUUAUUGCUAAUAAUUAGUUUGAAAUUUUAA